AGUGAGUGUCUUGGUUGUUGCAGUGUAGUUUGUGCUGUGGGAUGAGUUCACGGUGAGGGUGCGUUGGACGAGGUUCCGAGGCAGGAGAACAUCUGCUCAUCGUGUUCAGCGCGCUGGAGAGACGCCUCCAGAUUUUCGUCCAUUCGGCAAACCACUUCCAUUGUGCACUCUCACUAUGGCUGAAGUAGGACCUUCUGACUGGGGCCUCAGAAUGAACAGAGCACCUGAAAAUCCACUGGGCCAGCCGAGUCCCUUCUACUACAUGUCCCUGAGAAUGCAAGAUGUGACUGGUGAUGGUGGUGUGUUAAAGGAGGUUCUUCGACCUGGCUUGGGCAUUAUUAUCCCAUCUACUGCGUCAGUCUCUGUUCAUUACAGUGCCUACAGUGAAUACGCAGACAAGCCCUUCGAUUCCAAUGUGCAGAGGGACAUGCCAAGAUUCAUGAAGAUUGGUCAUGAUAUAACGCUACUUGGUAUGGAACUAGCAAUACUGACUAUGAGGAAAGGCGAGUUCUCACGAUUUCUUUUCAAGCCGCAAUACGCAUACGGGAAAAUGGGCUGUCCCCCGCGGAUCCCGGCGAACGCCACUGUAAUGUUUGAACUAGAGAUCCUGGAUUUUCUAGAUACAUUGGAGUCUGAUGAAUACUUCUCUUUGUCACAGGCAGAGCAGUUUAAUUACCCUUUGGACAAACUGCUGAAAGUGGCCAACACAGAGAGGGAAUUUGGCAACUAUUUCUUCCACCAGAAACGAUACGAGGAUGCAAAGGACCAAUACAAGAAGGCCCUGUCUGUGUUUGCUCAGCGCCAACCGGUUAACGAGGAUCAAAAGCAGAAGGUUAAUUCCUCCAAACUGUUGCUAUUCCUGAACCUGUCCAUAGUGUGUCUGAAGCUGGAUGUACCGAGCCGUGCACUGGUUUAUGGGGAAAGGGCUCUACAGAUUGAAAGCAAGCAUCCCAAAGCAUUGUUCAGGUGUGGCCAGGCCUGCCUGCUGAUGCUGGAGUACGACAAAGCCAAAGAUUUCCUGAUUAAAGCACAGAAACUGGAGCCACUCAACCCUGACAUCAACGGUGCCCUGGUGAAGCUGAACAGCUGUUACCGAGAGUGGAACUUGAAGGAGAAGGAAAUGUGUCACAGGAUGUUUGCUGCCUAGGUAACUGCAAUAGUGAAAGACUAAGGAUUCCAGCAAAUCUGAUGAUGGUCCAGUGGGGGAAUGGAAUCUGUUUGUACAGAGACAAUAGUAAAUAUAAAAUGUACAAGUGCUUCAAGUGGACUGCAUAUCUCAAUAUGUUAAAAUAUUUCCUCAAAGCUAGUUAAUUGUUUCCUAAACAACUCACAUGUUUCAGGUGACACCUCUCUGCUGCUGUGAGAAUUAACUGGGGUGAUAUACAAGAGUCUCUACUAGCGGCGUUGCUGCUGACAUCAAACGCUCUACAUGCACUCCGUCGUUUCUUUUAGAACCGUUGAACUACUCAGUUGAAGUUGUACGGUGUUCAGUAUGUUGUGAUGGGAAGCAUGCCCCUUGGGUAAUUUGAUUUAAAAGAAAAUCACGGGUAGAUGGUACCGUUUAGAUUUUAAGUACGUGUGUGUGCGCAUUGCUGCUGCAAUGGACGUUAGCUCUCACACUGAUAGAGAGGCACCAGUAAUCUCGGAGGAAUGAAUUGACUGAAAACUGGCAGUCAUUAUUCUGUGUAUAUUCUGUUCCCGAGAGUUCUGUUUAAUUUUGGUUUAAAUAAACAGUUUGGUUCCUUG